AUACAUUGUCCUUCACAAUUGCUGCCUAAAGAUUCUUAUUCCACCCCAAACAGCUAUUACACACAGAAAAACAUAACUCUCCCUCGAAAUCUUCACUCAAACAACAAGACAAAGCAUUCAAAAAUCUAUUUAUAAGGUCUGACCUUUUGAGGAUUCUGGGAGAUAAACGUUCUAAUUCAAAACACCUGUGUUAUUUAACCUAUCAAGACGGACAUACUGCACGUGAGGGGAAAACUAAGGUCACGUGACACGCGCAAUUACAAACUUUGAAUCUGGCCAGAAGAUUAUCACCAUUUCAACUCCGAUCAGCAGACUGACAAAAAAAUAAGAAAUGUGAACCACAUUUAAAGAUGAGCACAAGGGCUGAGAAUUUACAAGGCUCCAUGAAAGGUGUCCAUGGUGUCAUGGACAACAUUGAAGCACAAGACCACAAAGUCUCUCAGUCUUCCAUUCUCUACUUCCAGCUGGAAGCUUCAAAGUUGGCACUACCUGCCAAAGUGCUACACUAUGCAAAGUCAGAUGAAGUAAAGGUUCCAGAUGAAACCCCUGAACAAAGGCAGUCCCCUCCUACUACGCUUUGUCCCCCUCAGUUCCUUGGUGGUAAGAGUGGAGAGGGCAACUCACAGCCCAGCUUCUCGGGCUUGUUCUCCGUUCUGCAUACCUGUCAGGGCAGCAGUCCCUGGGAGGUGAUGAGUCUGAUCAACCAGCAGUGUGAGAAACUACUUCACUCAGGGAAGGCAGAUGAAGUGGAGGAGGAUUUCACAGCUCUGGCAACUGAUUCCCCUUCAAAGGGCUUCUUGUAUCCUAGCAGCAAUAGUAACCAUGCAGAGUCUGAGUGCAGAGAAAAUUCCACUUCACACACUUUAAAUGAAAUUAGGGAGACGUACAGCAUUGUAUCUGAUAGAGGGGAAACUGGCAUUGUUGAUGAAGAGGUCCAUGUUGCUCAGAUCAUAACCAUACCAGACUGUGCAAUAAAAUCACCUCAGGUAACCAAUGAUGGAAGAGAAGAUGGGCAAUUGAAUUUAACAGAUCACAAUUACAGCUUUUCAGUAAGCACAGAAUGCAGGAUGCAGAUCCCUCACCAGGAAGAACCCAUGGCAUUGCUGUGCUCAGAGGUAAAAGUAGUAGUUUCACCUUGCACAGAGAGUCCCCCACAGUCAGAUCAGAGGCCUACCUCAGACUGCCAAGUGGACCACAAACUUUCCCACAGUCUGUCCAGAAAGGGCGAUGAACUUGAUCCAAGCCCCAGGUCUGUGAUGGAGCCCGGCCCGGCUCGAGCAGAAGAGGGGGGUUUCAAACAGAGUUUUGGCUUCGCCCUAGACUGCAAUAACAACAUCAAGCCGCUCAGCCCUUCGCAGAUGAUGACGCCUCCCACAGGGCGUGAGCACACAGGGCCGGGGAUUUCCAGCGCAACACUGGAGCUCGGCUUACCCGCAGGGCAGCCUGGGCCGCGCCAUAACAGUCUACAUGACCAAGGAGUGGGGGAGCGCGCCGAGGCCCAGACGGGGAAGGCCCAGACCCCGGCCCCGGCGCAGACGGCCCCCCAGCCAAACCAGUGGCAGAGCAGGACGCCCAGGAAGCAGGCCCAUCCCUCCCGCAGCGCAGACCCACGCAACCCAAACCUCCAGGGGGUGAUCUUCAGUAUGAACACUGAGCUGGAUGACAGCAACAACCAGUGUCGCCUACUCAUAACCUCAAACUAUAGGAAAGAGCUGCGCAAGAGAGCCUGCAGGCGGAGGUGCCGAGCGCUACGUCUGCCCAAGGAGGCCAGCAGCUCGGAGGAGGAGAGCGAGCCCUGCAGCCGCUCCACAGAGUCUAAGACGUGUGCGUCAUGCUGCACUAGGAAGACGCCUCUGUGGAGGGAUGCGGAGGACGGAACACCUCUCUGCAACGCCUGUGGGAUCAGGUAUAAGAAGUACCGUGUGCGCUGUACGAAUUGCUGGCACAUCCCCAGGAAGGAUGGCAAAUCCAGGUCCAAGUGCUUCAAGUGUGGAGACGUGCUGCGGCUGACCUCCCAUCACAAGCGGGCCGGCUGGUAGGGCAUCGCCUUAGCCCAGUGUCGGGCACCUUUUGACUGUGGUACCCUGCCCUCCUUACCACUGAUCUCUCCAGACCCGGAUACGUGUAAAUCAACAUGGCGCCUACCUCAGUUCUCUCCAGUUCCACCUAUCGAACCUAUCAGCAGUGAAGGGAAAGCAGAAGGAGAGAAUACUGUUUGAAAGUAAGAGAUGUAAGGCAGGUUGGCCUGUCAGCACAAACUCUCAAAUCUCAUUUGACAACUGCACACUCCACACUGGGCCUAGGAUCACCCUGGCUGAAAUUGGAUCACUCAUACUCAUAUACACACACACACACACACACACACACACACACAUACACACACACACACACACGUGUAUGCACUCAUGUGCGCAGCCUCACACACACUUUUCAGGAAUGAACUUGGACUGAGUAUUUUGUGCAAUGCUGUUCCCUAUUUUAUGCUUGAUCGAACAUACACUGGUGGCUACAUGUAUCAGAAGACUAUUCCUCAGAGUUUGGAGAGUACUCUCAUAUGGGUGCUCUGUGAUUGCAAACAGAUGGCUCAAAAAUACAGAGCCUCUAAUGGUAUGUUAAGUUAUUUUUUAUAUUUGUUGUCAUGGAGUUUGUUUGGUUAAAUUCCGUUUGUUUUGCUUGUUUUUGGAUUAACAUUAACAAUGUUUGUUUUGUUAUUAACUUAAAUGAAUAUGAAUAGAUUGAAUAGAAGAUAUGAAUCCUGUGGUAAUGCACCCACAUUUGUAGGAUUGUGAAUUAAAUUAUAUUUGAAAGAUACAAACUCUGAGAGUUUGUGUAGGCUUCUGUCUCAGUGGAUAUGGUCGCGCCCCGGUAAUUGGACACCCCAUUUCAUAUCAUCCAUGUUAAUAAUGGACACCUAUAGUGUACGCUAUACAUCUUUUAGCCACAUGGUGGCUUUGCCUAUUUGUAGACUAAAAUGUUUUCAGCGCCGCUAUGUUUGGCAUUCAUAGUCUAGACACAAAUUAUAUACAAAUAUAUAUACUAUAUAUUUUAUGAUUUGAGUAGUCUAGCGGAUUUUUCCUUUUUUUUAUUUAACAGGGUGCAGGCCAACUGUUCAUAAUUAUUUUGCCAGCCAGAAAUGAUUUAUUUUUUUUAUUCAGAAAAUUCAUGCUUAAAAAUAUAUACUUUUGGAUGAUUUCCAAGAGAAAACUAAAUAAAAAAUGUUGAUGACAUUUUAAGAAUCAUUAAUACUAUAUUGCCAAAGCCUUAUGUCUAUAUUGAGAGGCUUGAAUUCAGACAAAAGU